AUGGCUGAAACAAAUGAGUAUAGUCAAUCGAAUGUUAAUACAAAUACAACAAAUGUUAAUAUUGAAUUAGCAGCUCGUGAACCAUGGCCAACAAAUGCUUGUCUUUAUGUACCACUUAAAGAACAAAUGAUUCUUUGGGCACCCGACUGUUUAAGUACAUUAUGUUUAUUACGUAAAGUACGUGUACCGUCUUUACAUAUUGAACAUGUCCGAAAUGCUGCUGAAAUGUCGAAUUGUGGUAUUCCACCCGUGUUAAUAUUAAAUAACCGCAUAUUUAGUGAAUUUGAUGAAAUAGCUAAUGUAAUUGAACUUAAAGAAUUACUUAAAGUAGAAAAUGAAGAAAAUUCAAUAGUCGAUAGUUAUUCUAUUUUAUGUGCUGAAACAUUCGGAAGUUUAAUGAAAUAUUUUUUAUUAUGUGAAAAAGCUGGACCGACUGUAUAUCAAUCAUUUACGUCUGUUUAUCCAUGGCCUCUUGGUUUGAUACUUUUUUUAAUGUAUCGAAAGCGUACAAUGAAACAUUUAAAAGUAAAAGAAACUUGGCCGUUGACUUAUGAAGAAGCUAUAAUGAAAUUUGAAACAACUGUUCGAGCUCUUUCAAAUAAAAUUCAAGAAAAUAAUUCAGAUUAUUUACUUGGUAAUAAUUUUACAAAAGCUGAUGCUCAUCUUUAUGGUCAUUUAUAUACGAUUCUUCAUGCAAAAAUUAGUGAAUAUGACAAUCUACGAAAUAUACUUCUUAAAUAUAAAUCAUUAGUAGAUUAUGUGAACAAUUUAGAAAGAGAUGUACAUGGAUUAACCAUUUUAGUUUCAUGA